CAACAACAACACCCUCCACUACAACCCCAAUCACAGAAACUCCCACCACUAUCACCCCGUCAACAACAACCUCCACUACAGAAACCACCACUACAACCUCAGGUCCAGUAACAGGCAGCACAACUUCAUGUUCCUGCAAGUACAUGGAUCAAAUUUUCUUCCCUGGUAACUUCAUGUACAAUAAGACUGACGCAGAAGGUUGGUGUUUCACAGCAUAUUGCAAUUUGACAUGCAAUGUUGUGAAGCUUGCUAGACCAUGCCACUCCACUAUUAGUCCUGCGACAACAUCCCCAACGCCUAUCGACUGUCUAUUUCUCAGGCCACCCAGAAAGGAUGGUGAGUCCUGGAGUCCAGAUACCUGCAGCAGAGCAACAUGUGAUAAGGGAAAAGUAAUAGCAGAACAUGUGCCUUGUAGCCCAGUGACCAUGCCUGUAUGUGAGAAUGGGAAGCCACCCGUUAGGGUUUAUGAUAAAGGAGGCUGCUGUUUCCAAUACCACUGCCAAUGUUUAUGUGGUGGCUGGGGAGAUCCUCACUACGUGACAUUUGAUGGCCAGUAUUACAGCUUUCAGAAAAACUGCACAUAUGUACUGGUCAAAGAGAUCAUUCCUCAAUACAAUUUUAAGGUUCUUAUCGACAACGAAAACUGUGAUGCCUCUGGAACUGUGACCUGUGUCAAAUCCUUGAAGGUGUAUUACAAAAAGUAUGAAAUUAUUCUUACACAGAAGAGAAUACCAAAGACCGUGAACAUGGUAUAUGUCGACGGAGUCCAGAAAUUCCCAACCUACUCUAAUAAUGACUUCAUCAUAACAAGUACAGGAAUUCUGAUGCUUUUGAAUAUCUCGGCAAUUGAAGCAACUGUGUCGUUCAACGGGCUUUUAUUCAGCAUUAACUUGCCAUUUUCCCGUUUCAAUAACAACACAGAGGGACAGUGUGGUACCUGUGACAAUAACAUGAAAAAUGACUGCAGAUUACCAAAUGGCCAGAUUGAUCCCUCAUGCUCUCAGAUGGGACAGUGGAAUGUAACAGACAAGUAUAAGCCAUAUUGUCAAGUUCCUCCACCACCACUAAUACCCUCUCCCCCACCCCCACCACCCUGCAAAUCUACAAUUUGUGAUAUUUUGACCAGCAAGGUUUUUGAGGAAUGCAACAAAGUAAUCUCACCACAAAACUUCAUUAAGGCCUGUCAAUUUGAUGUUUGCCACACAAAUACCACCCUCGGUUGUUCAAGUGUGGAGGCGUAUGCCCUAUUGUGUGCUGGAGCAUCUGUCUGUGUAGACUGGAGAAGUGCUACAAACGGAAAGUGCGAAUAUACAUGUCCACCAUCUCAAGUCUAUAAGGCUUGUGGACCAACUGUUGUACGAACUUGCAAUGCAAGAUACAAUGAGAAAUACACACAACCAUGCCAGGGAGACAAUUGUAAUUUAUUCAGAGAGGGAUGUUUCUGUCCUGACGGGAAGACUUUGUUCAGUUCCACCUCUGACACCUGUGUCUCCUCCUGUUGCACUGGUCCUGAUGGCCAACCUAAAAAGUUUGGUGAGACUUGGCAGAGUGGCUGUCAGCAGUGUUCUUGUGAUAUGGAAACUCUGAGUGUUCAGUGUAACCCUCUCACAUGUCCCACUCAAAAACCAAUCAUCUGUACUGAGGAAGGUGAGGUGUUGGUGAAUAGCACAUUGGACUGCUGUGAGAUACAGAAAUGUGAAUGUGACAAGGACCGCUGUUCGUUGCCACCACAGUGCAAACUGGGAUUUAAUUUGAAUGUCCAAAUCUCAAAUGAUGUUUGCUGCCCCUCUUACAGCUGUGUACCCACAGGUGUCUGUGUCUUCAGUGAUGUUGAGUACAAGCCAGGUACGAAUUUCACCAAAAGCCCAUGUGAACAGUGCCAAUGUACUGAAACUGUGGAUCCCAACAGCCAGUUGAACGCCAUUGAAUGUUACAUGAUCCAGUGUGACACAACUUGUCCAAAGGGCUAUGAGUAUGAAAACCAACCUGAACAAUGUUGUGGAUCAUGUAAAAAGACAAGCUGUGUAUUGGAGGUCCCAGGCUCCACUACUCCGAUCAUUAUUGAACCUUCUAAGUCUUGGUCACCACCAGAUGACACCUGUACCAAGUACGACUGCCAGAAGGGGGUGGAUGGUUUGAUAACCACUAAACACCAAAUAACAUGUCCAGAUUUUGAUCCAGAGAACUGCAUUCCUGGAACUGAACAAACUGACAUGAACGGUUGUUGCAAAAAUUGUACCAUUCGUUAUAACUGUCAACUGAACAGGACCACCACCUAUCUGCAGACAAAGAACUGCAAGUCAGUUGUGCCAGUGGAAAUCACAGCCUGUGAGGGAUCUUGUGGAGCAUCCUCAUCAAUGUACUCCGCGGAGAGGAACAGUUUCAUGCAUUCAUGCUCAUGCUGUCAGGAGAAGGCUACCAGUCAGAAGGAGGUGGACAUGAUCUGCGCCGAUGGCAGCAAGAUAAAGUUCUCCUACAUUUCAGUUGACCAGUGCGGUUGCCAAGUCGCUAAAUGUCAUGAGAACACAUAGAAAGAUUUUGAAAGAAGCUAAGCUUAAAUGAAAAUCUGACUAUUAUACUUAAAAAGUUGAAUAAUUCCUCUACAAAAACUAUUAGAGAAUCAAGACACAAUAUGCAGAAACCACCAAAGAUACACCUUUGUGUAUUCAGCAGGCCUAAACCUUUUGACAUGUUGUGGUCUGAAAUUUCCCACACCUCUGGAAAUGGGCCCUUUGUACUUUGACAAUACUUUUCAUCACUUUCACAUGUAUUGCCAUGGAGGCAGGUCCGCAUAGUACCCUGUGACGACAACACAUAUUUGUGUCAUGGUGUCUCUUUUAGCUAUUGAAGAGAUUGUUCCUUUAAUCAGACUUUGCAAUGUGGUAUUUUCAGUCUUCAGGGUGUUUCUUUUUCUUUUACUGUAUACGUCUUGAGAGCUAAAAUACUCUAGAAUGGCUUCAAAAUGACAGUUCAUUUCAAAAUAUUGCUUUUAAUUUGAAAUGAUUGUUGCUCAUAAUUUCUAACAGCAUCCGUAAAAAUUAUCUCUCAUCUCAUUGAAUAUAUAAAUAAAAGAAUAUAUAACCUUUCUUUUUCCAACAUCUGAAUGUCUUCAACGUAAUUAAAACUCAGGUUCACUGAUG